AUGUCGUACUCUCUGGUACCCGAUUCACAUCCUACCAAUUCCAAUCCUACUUUCGAUACCCACCACUCUACUUCUAGCGAGCCAAGAGAGAAUAUGGAAAUGGAAGAUGUUGAGUUAUGGACUAGAGUUGAAGACACACUUUCCAUAGAUGUGCCCACCUUAGAUCACAAGGGCUCUGCAGUUCAUAUUGCUCGCCAACAGGAGCUCAAGGAAGGAACUAUCAAGGGGCGAUUGUGUCACUUUCUACACGUCGUCUGGCUAAUUGGAUUCUUGCCCAUAGUUUCGUUUGCGUACCUUGCGGUUUGCUAUGUCGCAGCGACGCGCAUCGUUCCGGUAAGCAUCUGGGCGAUCGAAGAGCCCGAGACUCAUCUUUUGAAUGUCGUCCAUAACUCAGUUACGAUCAAAGCGGGGGUUACAACGCUAAACAUUGUUAUUAUUGGGCUCGCGAUGUUGCCUCUCAAAACGCUCCUUGAUGAGCUAAAGAGCGAGGAGUUCUUCAGAAUGCUACGUCAUUCUGGCUCGGGAAUUCCUAUCAAAGCCGUCAACGGUAUUUCGAUCCCCUCGCACAGCUAUUGGAGAGGUCUUUUGUUAGCCCUCCAACGUCGCGCCUCCACCUACUAUUCCGGUGCCCUUGUGGUUAGCUUUAUAGGUAUCCUAAUAUCUUCUUUGGCACCGGCGGCCUUAUCGGUCGGUCUGGUACAUGUGGAUAAGGAAAUCAAGGCAUUUCGAGUUGGAGCAGUGGCUGGCGAUAGUAUCAUUGUCUCAAGCCUUCAAGGUGUGCAAGAUAAUCUUGAUUUUGACCCGAGAACUACGGAAGCGGCUGCAAUGGGGUGGGUCCAAGGUGUUCUUGGUAUGAGUGUAGCGUUCCAGGCUACCACCCCUAAAUACGCUGUACCCGUGCCACUUGACCUUCGUCCCUCAGACAGAGCUCGCUAUAUUACCGACGUUAUAACAAUGGACCCCGUCUGUACUUGGGAGGUCCCAGAUCCACCCGUUGUGGCCCCUUUGAACUCCUCCGAUACUAGUUCCCAGGUGAAUUUCACAAUGCCCAGCUUUGGAAUCGAUUUUUCUUUAAGGUUAAGCACAAUCGGCCUUUUCUAUACCCAGAGACUAUCAUUGAGUGUUCUGAAUGGGGAUACUUCGUUAGCCCGACCCAUGAAGAACACCUCGACUGGGGAUCCGCCAACUAGCGGUAUCACUGCCUGGCUCAUGACUAAAUGCACAUCGUGCCCGCCUCUGCCCACCCAGGCGACAAUCGACAUGAGCGGAAUCCCAACCCAGGAUUAUGUUGGACCUCUCGAUUAUCCCUAUAAUGGAACUGUAUUCGAUACAUUAACGUUCAGUAUACUCGUGUGUGACCCUCGGUUGUCUAUUGAGACAAGGGAGGUUCGCUUGGAUGGUUCAGGAGCAAUCGCAGUGACUGGGCGCGGUGGUUUAACGCGACAGGGAAACCUCCAUACAACUCAAACCAGACUAUUGGUCGGAAAGACACUUUCAAAGUUUAGCUCUAGCUCGGUGCAGUUCCUCUCGCUUGUUAUCAGCAAAUCAUAG